UUUUUUUUUUUUUUAAACUUUCAUUUUCAAUGGAUGAGUCUUCAAAAAGACGUCCACAUAAUGCUAUUAUAGGUUCUCCUUUAUCUGAUCCUGGUAUUUCAUCUCUAUCUACUUCUCCAACUUCGUAUUUUAUAGAAAGAACUCAAUCGUUAGAUGUUGGAUUUCAUCAAGAUUAUUUUGAUAAUCAAUUGGAUAGAUCAGUUUCUAAUUUUAGUGAAAUUGAAGUCAUUUUAGAUGAUGGUACUACUCAAAAAAGAACGAUCUCUUUAUCAACUAUACCCGAUGAGCAAGAAAAUAAUAGAGCAAAAAGCUUGAAAGAAGAUGAUUCUGAUAGUGAACAUACAAACGAUACAACCCCAUUAUUAAAAUCACAUAAAGAAUCAUAUCAGGCAACGGGUCUUAAUCACUUUAAUCAACAACAAAAUGGUGAUAGUUCAUCUAACACUACUUCUCCUUCCUCUUCUGAUAACGAGAGUGAUUCUGACGAGCCAUUCUUUCCUGUUCAAAAGUUAAAUAAAAGAAAAUCAAACUAUAUUAUUGAAAAUGACAUUGGUACUAUUGGAUUUGUUAGUCGUGUUAAAGCCAUUUUAAGUAGUCUCUGUAAACAUCUAUUCACCACCACACCACGUCAGCAGCUUGUACUCAAAUGUAGCUUUGCCUAUUUUCUCGCUUCUCUUUUCACAUUUAUACCCUCUUUAAAUGCUCUGAUCGGUAAUAACCGUACCUCUAGUCAUCUUGUAGCCACAGCUACUGUGUUUUUCAAUCCUGCUAAAACUUUAGGUGGUAUGGUAGAAGCAGCUGCUUAUGGCUGGGGUUAUGUCCUCUUUGCUGUUAUCAUCUGUCUUGGUUCGAUGAUUACUACCGAUUACUUUGUUGAUAGAAAUCAUUAUCUAACUGCUCAUCUUAUCUCCUUAUUUGUUUGGAUAUUGGGUGCUACUUUCACUAUCUCAUUCCUCAAAGCACAUUGGAAUAAACCUCCUGUGGCUACAGCUUCAAGCCUUUGCUUUAUUACUAUCUUUAUUAUUGUUGUACGUGAAGGAUCAGUCAAUCGAGGUGAUUUUGACACUACACGUAUUGAACAGAUCACAACUGCAGUGGCUACAGGCACAUUCAUUACUGUGGCUUGUUGUAUCCUAUUUUGGCCAAAAUCUGCCGCAAAAAAAUUACGCAAGGAUCUUGAGAGCACGCUAUCGUCUUAUCGUGUCUUACUCAAAUUACUCACAAAGACAUUUUUGUUAGAUGCUGAUUUACCAGAAUUUAAAGCCAAUCGAACAUUACAGGCAGCCAUUGAAGCUCAUCAAGCGAGUUUUACAGCACUUCAAAAGUCGCUCAAGGAAGCCAAACUAGAGGCCUUUUGGAAUAGUGAUAUGAGAGGUCGAUGUGAGGAAUACGACGAGGUGAUUAAGAGUGUGCAACGACUCGCUCAGCAUAUGGGUGGGUUACGUAGUAGUUGCGGUAUCCAAUUUGAAGUCAUGGGUAGUGAAGCAACAAAGCGAUAUAAACAAAUGAUGUCUGAAAGAAAGAAACAGAAAUACAAUAAUAAUCAAAUUCGUUCCUCUAGCAAUUUAAUAUCCCCUGGUCUUAAUCAAGAUUCGAAUAAUUGGAAUGUGAGAGCUGGCUAUCGUCGGCGAAGACUUCAGGAUCAAAUGCGUAAACAGAGGAAAUUGAACAUGUCGCAAACAAACGAUCGAUUUGAUCAAUUUUUAUUGAAUAAAAAGAAAUCUGCUGCAGCAGUACAAAAGGAAUCCAUUCAUCAUCUACAAAAUGAAGAUAAUAGUGCAAUUUUGGUUAACUUUAUUCAAACGAUCCGUCCACCUUUAAAGUCAUUCGCCUAUACUUGCAAACAAACAUUGUAUCAUCUUCAAACGCUCUUUGCUGUUCCAUCAAAUGCUACAUCUAUAACAAAGGAUGCCUCUUAUCAUCAUCAUAAGCGACCUUCAUUAUCUAUCUUGAAAGCCAAUCUUGAAAAAGCUAUUAUUUUAUUUGAAGCAGCACAAAAGCAGGCAAUUAAAAAACUGUAUCAGGCACGUAUAGACUACAUCGUAGCGAAAGAGGACAAAUCAAGAAAGGAUGAUAAAGUAGAUAUUGAAUCAGAAGCAAUGGAAGCUGUUUUAGGACAAGAUAUCAUUUUAGUCUAUUUUUUUGUUUUCAACAUGACUGAAUUUGCUCGUGAGUUAAUUACAUUAGUUGAAAAAGUUGAAAAACUCAAUGAUAAAGCAAGUAAAAAACUGGGUAUUUGGACCUGGUUAAUUUCUUCAAUAAAGAAUAGAAGAGAUCGUCAUCAAACAAAACAAUACAAUCAUCACCUCUUAAAUACCACACCUUUCGUACCUAAUGAACGACAUAGGAUGAAUACUUUACAUACUCCAGUACCAAAAACAAAAUGGCAUCAGUUUAUUCUUCGUGUUUGGAGACUAUUUUCAUUGUUCAAGUUACAAAAGAUUCGGUAUGCUAUAAAGGCAACAAUUGCAACAAUUUUGUUAGCCACACCUGCAUUUAUGGAGUCUACACAAAAUUGGUUUCGUACCUAUCGAAUGGAAUGGGCUCUCAUUACCCUAAUGGUAGUUAUGACGCCUACUGUAGGAGGCACAAAUUUAGUGUCCAUUUAUCGUAUUUUCUCUACUAUCUUGGGCUGUUACACUGCUAUGGUCUUUUACAUGAUUUUCCCAAGCAAUAUGUACAUUUUACCUAUCUUGACAUGGCUUUUUUCAAUUCCCAACUUCUAUCUUAUUCUUAAUCAUAAACAUGGUAAAUUUGGACAAUUUACAUUAUUAGCUUACAACUUGGUUAUGUUGAAUAAAUACAAUGAUCGAGAUACAAACGAGGUUCCUGUGUGGGUCCUAGCGAACCAACGAUGUUUUGCUAUCUUGGUAGGUGUUAUCUUUGGUCUAUUUGCCACUGCCUAUGUAUGGCCAUAUGAAGCACGUGUUGAACUUCGCAAAGGACUUUCAGAUUUCUUGUUAAGGCUUGCAUGGUUGUAUCAAAAACUCGUGACCAUUUAUUCUGAUUAUUAUCCUCGCCGUCAUCUCUAUGAACAGCAACGUAUUAUCCGUCUCAUGGAAGAAGAAAGGCCUGAGACCUCAUCAGAUACACAAAUCCUUACAUUUGAAGCACAGCGACGAUUAGCAACCCAAUCCUUUAUGGAUCUUGAAUUAGGACUUCAACGUAGUCUGCUAGAUCUGCAAGGGCUUUUAUCACAAACGCCUAAUGAACCUCGUCUUAAAGGAGCCUUCCCAGUUGCAACCUAUCGCACCAUGCUUACAUCCUGUCAAAACAUUGUGGAUCGAUUCCUUUCAAUGAGAAGCAUAAUGUUUAAGGAUGCAUGGUACGAAGAAGUUCAACAUCAUGAUCUCAUGUCACCUGUAUGCCAUGAACGUAAAGAGAUGGUGGGUAAUGUCAUACUUUACUUUUAUUUAUUAGCUUCUGCUUUACGACUCAAGACGCCCAUGCCGCCCUAUUUCCCACCAGCACGUAAAGCAUGGAAGUCUCUUUUAGUGCAACUUUGGAACAUGCCAAUUGCUAAAUCAAGAGAGUUAUUAGAAAAGGAUAAUGCGUAUAUAUUUUAUUAUGCCUAUGUUACUUUGAUGGAGGAUAUAAUCCGAGAAUUAGAUAAGGUAAAGUUGAAUGGUUAAUGUAUAUAGAUUAUUUUGCUCAUUUCCCUCUUUGGUAUAAAUUUAUUAUAAAGUUGGGUGAAAAUAUGACGAUGCUAUUCGGAUCACUUGUGCCUCAAGAUCAAUGGGAAAUUUUAUUUGAUGAAGAACAACAACAACAACAACCGCCAACGACUUUAUAAACAACAAGGUUGAUGAUUAAAUUAUUACAUAUUUAUUUUCCUUUGAGGUGUAAUACCCGAUUAUUACCUGCUUUAUUUUAGUAAAUAACAUAAGUAAUAAUAAAUACAACUACCUCUUUCUUUUUUUUUUUCUUCUUCUUAA